UUAAAAUGCAUUCCAUUUUUUUUUGUAGGUCUUGCAAUGCCCUUCUUCGGCCGUGAUGCUGCUGUGCUAUGUGUGCUAAUGUGCUGUGUUCCGAUUCAGUACUGGCUAGCACAGCGCUCCUUUGUCAGCCCAGAUCACCGCACAGCUGAAGUGUACAAGCUGGUAGAGGAAGUGCGGAACUUUGCAAGUAACUGGCUUUCUGUAGAGACGUGGCAGAAUUGGUUAAUUGGAAUGAAGAAGAAGUUCAUCACUAAUGAUUACAGCCAUUGGUAUACAGCUGAAGCAAACGAUCCUGAGGGAGAGUGCCCAGCUGUGGAGGUCUGGCAUUUGCGGAACCCCAAGGGAAUGUUUGCGAUGUCACCCAAGCCCCGCACAAAUCGACCCCUAGGAGUGCGGUGGCGUAUUGGGCAGGUAGUGAAGCACAAGCGGUGGGGGUACAAGGGCGUCAUCAUAGGAUGGGAUCUGAAAUGUAAGGCUCCAGAGGCGUGGAUUGAGAAAAUGCAUGAUGGCCAUAAGCAUUGGAGAGAACAACCUAAUUACGCCCUGCUGGUCGACACCAAGGACCGGAGGAAUUCGCAGAUCACCUAUGUCCCACAAGAAAACAUCUCCCCAGUUUUAAAGGAAGAGGUGAAUCAUCCAGAAAUGACCACCUAUUUUGACUUCUAUGAUGGUGCCCAGUAUAUCCCAAGUCCUUGGCUGCGGGCGAUCUACCCACUCGACUAAUGGGGUCUGGCUUUCUUCUGUAUGCCAGCCUUGCCAAGGGUCCAACUGUCACCAUCAUUGCUGAGGAGGAGGGGGACCAGUUGAGAGUUGUGCAUUGGUGCUACUAGUCAGGUGACUGAAGUGACACAGAACAUGUAGUUGGCUUGUUGUUGAGGGACUUUCUUGAUUUAUGUGUAAGCCUGUAUUUAAUGCUGGAAUGAGGAAGGCAAUGCUAAAAAUGAGGAUGGUGUUGAACCAGAUUUUUUGCAAAGGAGUGUAUAGGAUUUUGUAUUUUGUUAUACCAAUUAACAAUAUUGGUUAAAUAAAGACUUGUUUAUGUUUGUUUGAUGUUAUAGGCAUUCAGCUUCUUGAGUUGAUGGCAUUCAUUACCUGUGAUGUAUAGCAUUCCGAUUCAGAAGUUGACAAAGAACGACACCUCACUAGUUAGCAAUGACAUUGAAGCUGCUUGCAAAAUCAUAUGGGGCAAUUAAAAUGUUAAUGAAUAAAAUUUUCUUUUGUUAAGAACUUGCUAAGAUAAAAGCCCCUCCAUAUGUGUCCUUUUUGCCUUACAUGUGCCUUUCUGCAGUCAUGAAUGAAAGGACUGGAAACAUUGCUAAUUAUAUUUAUGGAGAAGCUAUACUUUCGUCAGCCCUAAUGUGCCGUGCUUUUGAUUUUAUGACUAGGACUUGUAACAGAUUUCUCUGUCAGAGAUGGAUUAAUUGAGGUACAUUUAAGCUUAAAAAUCUUGUUUUGAUUUGGAAAGUUCAAGCUUUCCACAGGUGCUUAGUGCUGAUCUGAUUUUAUGAUUAUGGUGCGGCUUUGUUGUCAUAUUUAUUGAUAUGGAGAAUGUUUGAAAAUGUUAUAUAAACUAUAUAUCAUAGUUGUUGAGCUUGUUUCUUGAAUUACAAUAAUGGUAAAAGAUAUCUUGUUUGUUGCACACUGCAGUGGCAAGAGAGCUGUUGCAUGUAAAAUGCUUUGGUUCUGGAUAUAUGUAUAUGUAUGCAUGUAUCCUCCUCGGUCAGAAUACAGUAUACGACUCAAGUCUUGGUUGUAAGAGGAGAAUAGUGAAUCCUUUUCAGAGAAAUUUUAUUUUUUUAGUGAAGGAUGUUUUAUAUUGUUCUAUUUUCACAGGAAAAACAAAAAUAUGCCUUAUUAUAAACACAGUUUUGUUGUAAAAAAAUAAAUACUUGAUUUAGCA